AAAGAAGUUGUUCUAUGUCAGGGAUUCUUUUCAAAUUGAAUUCGAAUGUAAGCUUUGAUAACUUUUCAACUUAUUUUUCCAAAAAAAUCAUAGGAAAUGAAGCUUAGUGAAUAAUACUGAUGAAUUACGAGAUUUUAUUGCAUUUCCAAAUAACCAUUUCUCUUGUUAUCAAACUGUGUAUCUACCUAUGUACAGCGAAUGUGUUAAAUUUAAGCCUAUAUGUCAUUCUUUGUGAAUGUAGUAAAUGGUCAUUCAUUUAAAAACAAUAAUUCUAGAGAUUUUCUCAAUCAAAAUUUAACUGAUAUGGCUCCUUAUCACGAAUAUUUUUGCGAGUAUAAAAGACCAUUGUACCUACCAAGUCACGAUCAUAAAGUGUUUGUGUUCAAAAUGGUGUCUCAAAGUGUCGUGAAAUUUGGUUUAAUAUUUUCUGUGAUAUUUGCAUCUGCUGCAUCGCAAUGUCAUCUGAGAAAUGUGGAAAUGAUUCCUCAACACGACGGCCAACCUGGUUGUCAAAUACGAUAUGAAUUUACACGAAGAUGGAGAAACAACUACGAUAAUAGUUUAUAUUGGGAGUGUAGACUUUGGAAUACUUCUGCUGAACAGCAAUCAUGUCCACCUGGAACUCUGUUCCAAGACUCGUGGCAGACAUGCUUGCCUUCAGGAAUGUGGGAAUGGACUCCUUAUAGUGAACCUCCUACACGUGCUGGUCAGAAUAAUGAAGAUCAAUGUGAACCAUUGGAUACCGGAACUUGUCCUCCUCCAACAACACCAUCCUAUCCUCCGAUUGAAACUACAACACCGGGAUUUCCAACGGGAACAACACCUUCAAAUCCUACGGGAACAACUCCGGACUGGACAACUGGAACAAGUACGACACCGGAUAACACCACACCUGAUACUACCACACAUAGUCCUACACCUCCCCAUAUAACUACGACAACUGCGCCCCCUACAACUACAACAACAACCACCCCUGAAACUACUACUACUACUACUACGACUACCCCAGAAACCACGACUACAACAACCACUCCCGAAACGACUACAACAACUACUACUACAACUCCUGAAACUACAACAACAACAACUACAACAACUCCUGAAACUACAACAACAACUACUACAACUACUGAAACUACAACUACUACUACAACUCCAGAGACUACGACUACAACAACUCCUGAAACUACAACAACUACAACUACCACUCCUGAGACAACAACAACUACUACUACAACUCCAGAAACUACGACUACAACCACGACUCCUGAACCUACUACUACUACUACGACUCCUGAAACAACUACAACUACCACUCCUGAGGCAACAACAACCACGCCUGAAACAACCACUACAACCACAACAACUACUCCUGAAAUUACAACAACAGAAUCCACUACAACAACUGAAGAAACAACUACAACCACUACCCCUGGGGAAUGUCCAACUUGUCCACCUACCUGUCCCACUUGUCCCCCAGGAACAACACAACCCACAUCACCAACUCCACCUGGAAACUUAGGAGUUUGUCCAGGAGCCGAACCUGAACAAUACGCCCCUGGACCAAUGAACUGUGAUACUCAACCAGAAUGUAGGCCACCUCAUCAUCAGAAUAGACUCUACCCGAGGCGCGAUCCAACUUCCUACUUUUUCUGUGGGCCUGGAAAUGGAAAUGUUCAAAUUGCAGAAUGUAGUAUUGGAGAAUGCUUUGAUUAUGAUAUGCAAUCAUGUGUUCCAGCUAGAAGUUGGCGAAACUCGUGCAUUCAUGAGAACAUAAGAGAUACAAUCAUAAAGAUGAAAGAAACUGCGUUAUUAGUUCUAUGCUUAUCGGUAUUUGUGGGAUACGUUCUAUGUCAAAACGAUCCAGGAGAUGGGCGUCCUGGUUGUAUGACGCGUUACGAAUUUAGACGAUUUUGGAGAAAUCGAAUAAAUAAAUCAGUGUAUUUUAAUUGUACAACUUGGGGAAAUUCUAAGGAAAUACCAUGUGCAGUAGGAACGUACUUUCAAGAGUCUUGGCAAACUUGUGUUCAGCCAAAGUAUUAUAUAGAUACUCCAUUUUAUGAUCCACCAACUAGUGCAUAUAGUAGUGAAAACGAUCAGUGUCAAGAAAUAGUUUUUCCACCACAAUGUAACCCAAAUGAAGGUGGACCUUCUACAACAGAAACUACCCCUGACACCACAACAGACGCCUCAACUAAUUUACCCACGAACCCAAGUGAAAAUCCUACAGAAACAACUACUGAGAUACCCACAAAUCCAAGUGAUAGUACGACUGAACUUUCAAGGGAAAGUACGGUAGAUCCUACGGAGACUCCAACAGACACCCCCUCAAAUCCAACUGAAACCACCACUGAAAUGUCAACUGAAACACCAAGUGAUACAACAACUGAAAUAUCAACAGAUCCAAGUGAGACAACCGAAACCGAAGAAACCGAAAUGCCUACCGAGACUCCCACGAACCCCAGUGAGACAACAUCUGAGGUACCAACCGAGACUCCCACAAACCCUAGUGAAACGACAACUGAGGGAUCAACCGACACUCCCACAAACCCAAGUGAGACCACAACAGAGGUACCAACCGAGACUCCCACGAACCCCAGUGAGACAACAACUGAGGGAUCAACCGACACUCCCACAAAUCCAAGUGAGACCACAACUGAGGUACCAACCGAGACUCCCACAAACCCCAGUGAGACCACAACUGAGGUACCAACCGAGACUCCCACAAACCCCAGUGAAACAACUACCGAGGUACCAACUGAGACUCCAACAAAUCCAAGUGAAACCACAACUGAGGUACAAACUGAGACUCCCACAAACCCCAGUGAGACGACAACUGAGGUACCAACUGAGACUCCCACAAACCCCAGUGAAACGACGACUGAGGUACCAACCGAGACUCCAACAAAUCCAAGUGAGACCACAACCGAUGUACCAACCGAGACUCCCACAAAUCCAAGUGAGACGACAACUGAGGUACCAACCGAGACUACAACAAAUCCAAUUGAAACGACAACAGAGGUACCAACUGAAACUCCCACGAAUCCCAGUGAGACCACAACUGAAGUGCCAACUGAGAAUCCAACAAACCCAAGUGAGGCUACCACUGAAGGAUCAACAGAGACUCCCACAAAUCCAAGUGAGACCACAAUUGAGGGAUCAACCGAGACUCCCACAAACCCAAGUGAGACUACCACUGAAGGAGCAACAGAGACUCCCACAAAUCCAAGUGAGACGACAACUGAGGGAUCAACCGAGACUCCCACAAAUCCAAGUGAAACAACUACCGAGGUACCAACUGAGACUCCCACAAAUCCAAGUGAGACGACAACUGAGGUACCAACCGAGACUCCUACGAACCCCAGUGAGACAACAACUGAGGGAUCAACCGAGACUCCCACAAACCCAAGUGAGACCACAACUGAGGGAUCAAAUGAGACUCCCACAAACCCAAGUGAGACCACAACUGAGGUACCAACCGAGACUCCCACAAACCCCAGUGAGACGACAACUGAUGGAUCAACCGAGACUCCCACAAAUCCAAGUGAAACCACAACUGAGGUACCAACUGAGACUCCAACAAAUCCAAGUGAGACGACAACCGAGGUACCAACCGAGACUCCCACGAACCCCAGUGAGACCACAACUGAAGUACCAACCGAGACUUCCACAAACCCAAGUGAGACGACAACUGAUGGAUCAACCGAGACUCCCACAAAUCCAAGUGAAACCACAACUGAGGUACAAACUGAGACUCCCACAAACCCCAGUGAGACGACAACUGAGGUACCAACUGAAACUCCCACGAAUCCCAGUGAGACCACAACUGAAGUGCCAACUGAGAAUCCAACAAACCCAAGUGAGACUACCACUGAAGGAUCAACAGAGACUUCCACAAAUCCAAGUGAGACCACAACUGAGGGAUCAACCGAGACUCCCACAAAUCCAAGUGAAACAACUACAGAGAUGCCAACCGAGACUCCAACAAAUCCAAGUGAAACUACAACCGAGGUACCAACUGAAACUCCAACAAAUCCAAGUGAGACCACAACCGAUGUACCAACCGAGACUCCCACAAAUCCAAGUGAAACGACAACAGAGGUAUCAACUGAGACUCCUACAAAUCCAAGUGAAACAACUACCGAGGUACCAACCGAGACUCCGACAAAUCCAAGUGAAACGACAACCGAGGCACCAACUGAGACUCCCACAAAUCCAAGUGAAACGACAACGGAGGUACCAACUGAGACUCCAACAAACCCAAGUGAGUCUACCACUGAGGGAUCAACCGAGACUCCCACAAACCCAAGUGAGACCACAACUGAAGUACCAACCGAGACUCCCACAGACCCAGGUGAGACGACAACUGAGGUACCAACUGAAACUCCCACAAAUCCAAGUGAGACCACAACCGAUGUACCAACUGAGACUUCCACAAAUCCAAGUGAAACGACAACCGAGGUACCAACUGAGACUCCUACAAAUCCAAGUGAGACCACAACCGAGGUACCAACCGAGACUCCCACAAUUCCAAGUGAAACGACAACGGAGGUACCAACUGAGACUUCUACAGAUCCAAGUGAAACAACUUCCGAGGUACCAAUUGAGACUCCCACAAAUCCAAGUGAAACCACAACUGAGGUACCAACCGAGACUCCAACAAAUCCAAGUGAAACGACAACCGAGGUACCAACUGAGACUCCCACAAAUCCAAGUGAGACGACAACGGAGGUAUCAACUGAGACUCCUACAAAUCCAAGUGAGACCACAACCGAUGUACCAACCGAGACUCCCACAAAUCCAAGUGAAACGACAACGGAGGUACCAACUGAGACUCCUACAAAUCCAAGUGAAACAACUACCGAGGUACCAACUGAGACUCCCACAAAUCCAAGUGAGACCACAACCGAGGUACCAACUGAGACUCCUACAAAUCCAAGUGAAACAACCACCGAGGUACCAACUGAGACUCCCACAAAUCCAAGUGAGACCACUACCGAUGUACCAACCGAGACUCCAACAAAUCCAAGUGAAACCACAACCGAGGUACCAACUGAGACUCCCACAAAUCCAAGUGAGACCACUACCGAUGUACCAACCGAGACUCCAACAAAUCCAAGUGAAACGACAACGGAGGUACCAACUGAGACUCCUACAAAUCCAAGUGAAACAACUACCGAGGUACCAACUGAAACUCCCACAAAUCCAAGUGAGACGACAACUGAGGUACCAACCGAGACUCCAACAAAUCCAAGUGAGACCACAACCGAUGUACCAACUGAGACUUCCACAAAUCCAAGUGAAACGACAACCGAGGUACCAACUGAGACUCCUACAUAUCCAAGUGAAACAACUACCGAGGUACCAACUGAAACUCCCACAAAUCCAAGUGAGACGACAACUGAAGUGCCAACUGAGAAUCCAACAAACCCAAGUGAGUCUACCACUGAGGGAUCAACCGAGACUCCCACAAACCCAAGUGAGACCACAACUGAAGUACCAACCGAGACUCCCACAGAACCAGGUGAGACGACAACUGAGGUACCAACUGAAACUCCCACAAAUCCAAGUGAGAUCACAACCGAUGUACCAACUGAGACUUCCACAAAUCCAAGUGAAACGACAACCGAGGUACCAACUGAGACUCCUACAUAUCCAAGUGAAACAACUACCGAGGUACCAACUGAAACUCCGACGAAUCCAAGUGAGACGACAACUGAAGUGCCAACUGAGAAUCCAACAAACCCAAGUGAGUCUACCACUGAGGGAUCAACCGAGACUCCCACAAACCCAAGUGAGACCACAACUGAAGUACCAACCGAGACUCCCACAGAACCAGGUGAGACGACAACUGAGGUACCAACUGAAACUCCCACAAAUCCAAGUGAGACCACAACCGAUGUACCAACUGAGACUUCCACAAAUCCAAGUGAAACGACAACCGAGGUACCAACUGAGACUCCUACAAAUCCAAGUGAGACCACAACCGAAGUACAAACCGAGACUCCCACAAUUCCAAGUGAAACGACAACCGAUGUACCAACUGAGACUCCCACAAACCCAAGUGAGACCACAACUGAAGUACCAACCGAGACUCCCACAGAACCAGGUGAGACGACAACUGAGGUACCAACUGAAACUCCCACAAAUCCAAGUGAGACGACAACUGAGGUACCAACCGAGACUCCCACAAAUCCAAGUGAAACGACAACAGAGGUACCAACUGAAACUCCCACGAAUCCAAGUGAGACCACAACUGAAGUGCCAACUGAGAAUCCAACAAACCCAAGUGAGACUACCACUGAGGGAUCAACCGAGACUCCCACAAAUCCAAGUGAGACCACAACUGAGGUACCAACGGAAACUCCCACAAACCCAAGUGAGACUACAACUGAGGUACCUACCGAGACUCCCACAAGUCCAAAUGAGACCACAACUGAGGUACCUACUGAGACUCCCACAAAUCCAAGUGAGACCACAACUGAGGUACAAACUGAGACUCCCACAAAUCCAAGUGAAACAACUACCGAUGUACCUACCGAGACUCCCACGAAUCCGAGUGAGACGACAACUGAGUUAUCGACUGAGACUCCAACAAAUCCAAGUGAGACUACCACUAAGGUACCAACCGAGACUCCAACAAGUCCAAGUGAGACGACGACUGAAGUUUCAACUGAAACUACAACUGAGGCUUCUACAGCAUCUCAACCUACUCCAGAGCCACCUAAGAUUAUUGAGAUAUGUCCUGGUGCUGAUCCUAGUACUACACUUCCUGGAGAUUCGACCUGUGCGCAACCACUUUGUACUGAAGAAGAGUGGAGGGCUAAUGUUCAUCUUCCCAGCAGAAAUCCUAAGGCUUUCUACCAAUGCGCUGCUCCAGGAAUAGCUGUCAAAAAGGAAUGUCCUGGAGGAACCUGCUUUAGCAAUCAAUACAAAGUUUGUGUGCAUGCAUACCAAUGGAUAAAUCCAUGUGAUGGUGUUCUACCCAUAAUGUUCCAAAAGCUAAGUUUAAAAAUUGUGCAAGUGAUUUUGGUUAUAACUCUAUGCAUUGCUACAUCAACAUCAACAGAAACUGACGGCAGGCCAGGCUGUCGAACUCGGUAUGAAUUUUCAAGACUCUGGCGACAUGCAACAGAUUUGGAAUCUUUCUGGGAGUGUACCAACUGGCGUCAAGCAUCUCCAAGACAGUGUCCGAGACAAACAUUGUUCCAUGAGUGGUGGCAAACUUGUGUUCCAGCACUAAUGUGGGAAGAAACACCAUUUAGAGAGCCUCCAACUAGUGCCUAUGAUGAAGAAGAUGCUUGUGAACCUAUUGUAUUUGAACCACAAUGUCCGCUUGAUCCUGAGCCCACCGCUACAACGAACUUUCCUACAGACACGACAAUAGAAUUAACUCCACCAACUGAACCUGAAACUGAUACAACACCAUCUGAAGAAACAUCAACUGAUACCACGACAACUCCGAGUCCUCCAACUGAGUCUCCUGAGACUACAACGGCUGGUAAUCCAUCAGAUAGUACAACAACCACUGAAGAAAUUACAACGACAGAUGAUCCGCCAACAGAAACUCCUGAAACUACUACAGGUGAAGUUACAACAACAACAACUGAGGCAACAACCACGACGGAAGUGGAAACUACAACUGAGAGCACGACAACAACAACUGAGGCCUCAACCACAACGGAAGUUGAAACUACAACUGAGAGCUCGACAUCAACAACUGAAGUUGAAACUACAACUGAGAGUUCGACAACAACAACUGAAAUUGAAACUACAACUGAGAGUUCGACAACAACAACUGAAGUUGAAACGACAACUGAGGACACAACAACAACAACUACUGAAUCAACCACAGAAGAAACUGUUGAAGGCCCAACUGAUGACCCUGAAACAACAACUCAGCCAUCAACCCCUCCUCCAACAAGUGAAGUAACCUUACCGUCAACAGAAACUACAACAAAAUCUCAGUUUCAGCUUUGCCCUGGAGCUGACGAAAACAGAAUGAUUGAAGGAAGUCAGAGUUGUCAAAGACCCGUUUGUACCAUGGAACUCUACGAAAGUCGUGCCCGCCUUCCAUCUCUAGAUCCAGGACAAUAUUACACCUGCCUCACCCCAACAGUGCUUAGAGUGAAUUACUGCACAACCCCUACACAUUGUUUCAGCUACGCCCUCCAGCAAUGUGUAUCCCCAGACCAGUGGUUCAAUCCAUGCGGAAAUGUUUAAAAAAAAUAAAUUAUUGACGUGUGAUAUGAUUUUGAACAUUCAUUAAA